CAGGCUGCGAACAAAUGCUUUGUGGUGAGAGUCUACAAUCGGAGAGGUGGAAUCAAAAUCGUUGAUGAAAUGAGUCAGUUCUGGAAACCAGGGUCGGAGAAGCCUCGCCUCCUCGACGACGAGGAAGGCGGAGUUCUCUUCUACUCCGCUUCUGCUUCUUCCUCCUCUGGAUUUGGGUAUUCGAACAUCGAGAAGCAGAGGCAGAGGCUUCCAGUCUACAAGUACCGAACCGCUAUUCUCUAUUUAGUGGAGACUCACGCCACCACCAUUAUUGUUGGAGAGACUGGUAGUGGAAAAACCACCCAGAUUCCGCAGUACCUCAAAGAAGCAGGUUGGGCAGAUGGUGGCCGUGUAAUAGCUUGCACCCAACCAAGACGUCUUGCUGUCCAGGCCGUUGCUUCAAGGGUGGCUGAGGAGAUGGGUGUCAAGCUAGGGGAGGAAGUUGGCUAUACAAUUCGAUUUGAAGAUCUUAGUAAAACAGGUGUAACGAUGGUAAAAUUUCUCACAGAUGGGGUGUUACUAAGGGAAAUGAUGGAUGAUCCCCUUUUAACAAAGUAUAGUGUCAUAAUGGUAGAUGAGGCUCAUGAAAGGUCCCUGUCAACGGACAUCUUAUUAGGUCUCCUGAAAAAGAUCCAACGGCGUCGACCUGAGCUGCGUCUGAUAAUCUCAUCAGCUACAAUUGAAGCAAAAUCAAUGUCCACUUUCUUCCAGACCAGCAGAAAGCGUCGAGGUCUGGAAGGUGAGGAGUCAGGACCAAGGACAGAUCCUGCCAUUCUAUCGGUUGAGGGUAGAGGAUUUAAUGUGCAAAUUCAUCAUAUUGAGGAGCCUGUCCCAGACUAUCUUCAAGCUGCUGUUUCAACUGUUUUGUCAAUUCAUGAACAGGAACCUAUGGGCGAUAUUCUGGUAUUUCUCACAGGUGAAAAUGAUAUAGAUGCUGCUGUCCAGUUGCUUAAUGAAGAAGCUCAAAAUAAUGGGAAGCACUCUUCAGGAUUGGUUGUUUUGCCUUUGUACUCUGGACUGUCACGUGCAGAUCAGGACCUUAUAUUUUCUCCAACUCCUAGAGGAAAGAGGAAAGUGGUGAUAUCAACAAAUAUUGCAGAGACAUCAUUGACUUUGGAGGGCAUUGUCUAUGUUGUUGAUAGUGGGUUCUCAAAACAGCGAUUUUAUAAUCCGAUAUCAGAUAUUGAAAAUUUGGUUGUGGCACCGAUAUCCAAGGCAUCUGCUAGACAAAGGGCUGGUAGAGCUGGAAGAGUGCGACCAGGGAAGUGUUACAGGCUAUACACAGAAGAGUAUUUUGUCAAUGAGAUGUCAGCUCAUGCUAUUCCAGAGAUGCAGAGAUCGAACCUUGUUUCCUGUGUGAUUCAGUUGAAGGCUUUAGGCAUAGAUAAUAUACUAGGCUUUGAUUGGCCGGCGUCUCCAUCACCUGAAGCAAUGAUUAGAGCACUUGAAGUGCUCUAUUCACUAGGAGUUCUUGAUGAUGAUGCCAAACUUACUUCACCUCUUGGGUUUCAAGUUGCAGAGAUUCCGCUAGAUCCAAUGAUCUCAAAAACGAUAUUAUCUUCAAACCAACUUGGGUGUUCUGAGGAGAUCAUCACCAUUGCUGCCAUUCUUUCUGUUCAGUCUAUCUGGGUUUCUGCUCGAGGAGCACAAAGGGAGCUGGAUGAAGCCAAGAUGAGAUUUGCUGCUGCUGAGGGUGACCAUGUGACCUACCUAAGUGUAUACAAAGGAUUUAUUCAAUCGGGUAAAUCUUCACAGUGGUGCUAUAAGAACUUUAUAAACUACCAUGCAAUGAAAAAAGUGAUUGAAAUUAGAGAACAACUCAGAAGAAUAGCACAACGAUUGGGCAUAGUCUUAAAAUCUUGUGAAAGAGAUAUGGAGGUGGUAAGGAAGGCAGUCACUGCUGGGUUUUUUGCUAAUGCUUGCUGCUUAGAAGCACACAGUCAAGGUGGAAUGUACAAGACCAUUAGAAGUGCCCAAGAAGUUUAUAUUCAUCCAUCAUCAGUAUUAUUCAGAGUUAAUCCAAAGUGGAUUAUAUACAAUUCUCUUGUCUCAACUGAUCGACAAUACAUGCGCAAUGUCAUUUCCAUAGACCCUUCUUGGCUUAUGGAGGCUGCUCCACAUUUUUACCGGCAACAACGCAAUCCUAUUGCUUCUUGACUGCACUGUAUAAUGGUAUUUUCUUUUCAAAUGAAACAGAGGAGGCAGGCAAUCAGAGGAACCAUGGAAAACCCUUGUACAUGUUUAAGCUGUUAUUUUGAGAAAUGCAUGCUAAAGGGUGGUAACUGCUCGCAUUUUUCACUGAUAUAGGAUAUCAAGAGCCCAAAGUUUAUUGGGCAAUAAAUUUUGGUAUUAAAAAUUCUUUCUUUCUAUCAUUUUUUCCCCAAUAUAAAUAUUUCUAAUGUAUCUUGGUGUAACUUUUUCUUGUGUAUUUGAAGUUACAAAAAAAUACAAAUUCAAGGAAUGGUAAUCUGAUUGGGAGGGCAAACACCAAAUGCAAAUUGGAGUGGCCUGACCUUGAGUUCAGAGGAUCUGUUUGUAUUCAUAAUUCAGAAUAUAUCAGCUAAAAAUUAUUACACUACACUCAAA